AUGUCUGUCCAAAUCAUCACCGUUGAGAGCCAGUCCCUACGUGUCAGUGUUCGUAUCGACCAGCAGGGCGCGGCUUGUCUCAAUGCGGUAAUCCCGACACGAAGUACGCCGCGAGAUCCUGUCUCCAAAUACUUCCCAGACCAUCAGGCUCCCUUGGUUGAGGUCCGUCUGGCUGGUGAAGGGACGGAAAAGCACAAGUCUUCAAAGACCUUGCUUGGGACGUAUGUUGGGCCGCGACUGCGUUAUAAGUCCCACGACAUCCACUCCGGAGAGGGCACCAAGACCCUCAACGUCACUCUCUCAGAUGGGAAGCUCACGGUGGUUUCCCAUCUUACAGUCUACAAUACGACGCCGGUUGUACGUGCGACGGCUUCAAUUCGAAACGAUGGUGACCAGGAUGCCGUCGUUACUCAGAUCACCUCCAUUGUCCUGGGUGGCCUAACGACAGGGUCCUCCAAAUGGUGGGCUGAUUAUAACCUGUCAAUCCCAAACAACUCCUGGUUUCGCGAGGCACAGUGGAUUGAGCAUGAUCUACCCAGUAUCGGGGUCGACGACUACGGUGUAUAUGGCCGCCCAGAGAACCACCAUGCCUCCAUCUCCCAUUACGCAGUGUCUAACAGGGGCACCUUCUCGACCGAAGGCCACCUUCCCAUGGGCCUGCUGAAGCGUCAUGAUAGUGCCGAAACGUGGCUGUGGCAGGUAGAAAAUAACGGCUCGUGGCGAUGGGAAAUCGGCGACUGGAAGGACAGUGUCUAUCUUGCAGCCGGAGGUCCCAUCGAAGCCGACCACGACUGGCGUCAGCGACUAGCUCCCGGCGAGGAAUUCACGACCGUACCAGUUGCACUCUGUCAUGUCUUUGAUGACUAUGAAAAGGCCUUUGCAGGGUUGACUCAGUAUCGACGAACUAUCAGACGGAAGCACGCAGAUAACGAGCGCCUCCCGAUCAUCUUCAACGACUACAUGAACUGCCUAAUGGGCGAUCCAACCGACGAGAAGAUCCUCGCCCUCGUCGACCCCGUCGUCAAAGCCGGGGCAGAGUACUUCGUCAUCGACUGCGGAUGGUAUGCCGACGACGCAGGAUGGUGGGACGACGUCGGAGAGUGGGAACCGUCCAAGAAGCGCUUCUCCAAAGGUCUCAAGCACCUCCUCGGUCAACUGCGAGAAAGAGGCCUGAUCCCAGGGCUAUGGAUCGAACCCGAAGUCAUCGGUGUGCGCAGCGUCGUUGCAGGCCAACUGCCCUAUGAAGCCUUCUUCCAGCGCGACGGCCACCGCGUCGUCGAGAAAGGCCGAUACCAGCUUGACUUUCGACACCCGGCGGUGCGCGACCGCAUGCACGGUAUAAUCGGACGUCUAGUGAAUGGCUUUGGUGUCGGAUACUUCAAGUUCGACUACAACAUCGAAGUCACUCAAGGGACUGACAUUAACUGUUCCAGUCCGGGAUCGGGGCAACUGGACCAUAACCGCGCGUAUCUGCGCUGGGUCAAUGAACUGCAUGAUAAAUUCCCCGAUCUGGUCAUCGAGAACUGCUCCAGCGGUGCCCAGCGCAUGGACUACGCUAUGCUUGCAACCCAUGCUUUGCAAUCGACAAGUGACCAGCAGGAUCCGGAUCGGUACGCGGCCAUUUCUGCUGCGUUGCCUACAGCUGUCACUCCAGAACAGGGCGCAACUUGGGUAUACCCACAGCCGGAAUGGGACGAUGAGACAAAUGCGAUGACGGUUGUCAACAGCUUACUAGGGCGUAUUCACCUCAGUGGUCGUCUAGAUAUCUUGCAGCCGCAUCAGUUUGGUAUCAUUAAAGAGGGAAUGGAUGUUUACAGGUCAAUCCGCGCGGACUUGCCGACGGCGACAUCAUUCUGGCCACUGGGUCUUCCGCAUUGGCAUGAUGACUGGCUUGCGCUUGGGUUAGGAGCUGCAUCUGGCGAGAGGUACUAUAUUUCUGUUUGGAGACGUGGUGGCGCCGAUUCCGUUGAACUGUCGGUGCCUGGACUGGAGGGACGUGAGGUCAACGCUGAGCUGCUCUACCCUGCUUCUUUUAGGGCAGAGACCGAGUGGAAAGCAAAGGGUGUGUUAAGGGUUAAGGUCCCAUCGAAGCUGUGUGCUCGACUGUUCAAGUUGACAGUAUUCUGA